AAAGAUGUGUGAUGUCACAGGUUGAUCAAUUUAUGAUAGGACCACAAGACAGACGGACAGUGUUGAUUGGAGGAUUGCUCUGAGAGAAUUACACCCUGCGAGUAUAAUAUUCUAAGCCCCCAGCUUUAGCUUAACUUUUCUGCAGAAAACCGACUCCUUGAUCUUUUGAAUAAAUAAAAGAUUUUGUGAAGAAGCUACCACAAGGGUAUAACUAGUCAGUCGCUUUUAUACCACUUAUGUCUCUCAUGGAAGAAGCAAUGUUUUUGUUUGCUACCAUUUUUGUCAGUUUGUCUUUCAUGUCGGCCACUGGUCAAACAGAGCCCGUUCCUGGUUCCACAUACGUGGCUGCUGUGUAUGAGCACAAUGUAAUCCUGAACCCGAACCCUCGUGUCUCCGUGUCCCGCUCUGCUGCACUGCAACACAUGCAGAAAAACCUGGAUAUCUACGAGGAGCAGGCUGCCCGGGCUGCCCAGCAAGGUGCCCAGAUCCUUGUGUUUCCUGAGGAUGGUCUUCAUGGUUUCAACUUCAGCCGAUCAUCCAUCUCUAGCUACCUAGAAACUAUUCCUGACCCCGGGCAGGAGAGCUGGAAUCCCUGCUCAGAGCCCGACAGAUACAACAACACUGAGGUUCUCCAGAGGUUGAGCUGUAUGGCACGCAGACACAAUCUCUACCUGGUGGCCAACAUGCCUGACCACCAGCCUUGCCCCCUGAAAACCAGCCCUUCUUCCUCCUGUCCGUUUGAUGGACACUGGCAGUUCAACACCAAUGUGGUUUUCAGGUCUGAUGGGCAGCUGGUGGCACGCUACCAUAAACUGAACCUGUACUACGAGCAAGAAUUUGACACACCACCACAACCUGAGAUCAUCACAUUCGAUACACCUUUUGCUGGGAGGUUUGGCCUCCUCGUCUGCUUUGACAUCCUGUUCCACGAGCCCACAAUUUCCCUGGUGGAGAGGGGUGUACGUCAACUGAUCUUCCCCACAGCCUGGAUGAAUGCACUCCCCUUGCUGGACUCAGUCCAGUUCCAACGGGCAUUAAGCCUGGGUGCUAAUGUCACCCUGCUAGCGGCCAACCUUCGCUUCAACCAACAGCGCAUGACAGGAAGUGGUAUCUACACCCCUUUUUCUGCUACCUACCACCAUGCCCGAAAGGGAGAUCUCGAGGAGGGCAGGCUGCUGGUGGCCAGAAUACCAGUCUUAGACCCACUGUGGGUGGGGCAGAGCAUGGCCACGGAGGAGCCCUCAUCUUCUCAGGCUACGGACUCUGGACACUGUCACCAAGGCAGCUGUUUUCAACCUCCUACUCCUGUUUCUCCCUCCACUCCCACCUUCAUCUCAUACAUGCAGCGCGACCCAUACACAUUUGUCCUCCUGAAUGAGACAGAGGGCAAACUUAAUGUGUGUUAUGGCACUUUUUGCUGUCACCUGCAGUACCGACAGUUACCAGAAGGGAACAGUAAAGAGCUCUAUGCAUUGGGAGCAUUUGCUGGAACUCACAAGGUGAAUGGAAGCUACGUCCUGCAGGUGUGUGCAUUAGUGCGCUGCGCAGGGUUGGAGACAAGUUCCUGUGGACAGGAAGUGGAAGAGGCUGAGACUAAAAUGGACUUCCUGUUGGAGGGGAAGUUUGGGACCAGAUACGUGUACCCAUCAGUUUUGGCUAGCCAUAUGGUCCUGGAGCAGCCAGAGCAUCUGGAGAAGACUGCUGAUGGCAGAAUGACCAUGAAGCAUUCAAACAUGACUGGUGGCCUGGUGACUGCCUGUCUGUACGGACGAAUGUAUCACUUAGACCCUAAAAGACCUUGAAAUAGAUGUGUGCGUCAGAAGAGAGACAAUGAAAUACACAUACAAAUUAAUUGGAAAAAUAUGAACUGUACUGACCAAGAUUAGGAAGGACAGUUCAGCUGUUACAGAUUUGUACUCAGUCGCAUACAAACUGCAAUAAAUCAAAAACAAAUAUCUUUA